GCCCUGGGGCUCAAAGAGGCCCUCGGCGUAGGCGGAUGGCGUGGCAGAGUCCCCAGGAGACUAAUUGGUAGUCGGGGAACCUUGCUGCGUGGAACCCUUAGCCCGAGACCUUCAAAGUCCAACCUAAGAGACCCCAGAUGCCCUCACCAUGAGGGGCCCGCGUCCGCCAUCUCGGAGGGCCCACAUCUCCUAACCCCAACGCCUAGACCCCCAAACAGCCCGAAAACCCCAGUUCCCCUCAGCUCGGGGAACCCAACCUGCAGCUCGCCCGGAAAGACCGAAUCUCCCCAAACUCAGAGACGCUAAAUGCCGUCGUCCUGGAAACCAGCUCAGUGGUGGGGACCCUGAAGGCCCUGGAUGAGACGCCCCAAAUCUCCUCAGCCGCGGGGUCUGACCCUCCCCCCAGACCUCAGUGUCCUCAGCCCGGAAGACGCCCCAGGCCGUCCAGCCCCUCCUCGCCCAGGGCCCCGCGCCCCGCGCCCCCCUCUCCCGGCGGCCUGGCGCCCUGCCAGCCGGGAGGAAGGAGUUAGGCCCUCUCAGCGCCUUCUUUCACAGGCGCCUCGGUCUCGGGGCUGGGACACCAUGAACCCCGACGGGGGCCCGCAGCACAGCCCUGAGGGAGAAGCGGGGCGGACGCCUCAGGCAGAAGACGCUUCAAAAGACGCUUCCCUCUACUUCUCCAGGGAGGAGUGGGCAGAGAUGGGAGACCGGGAGAAAGGCCGGUAUCAGAAUGUGAAGAGGAACUUCGAGGUGCUCCCCAGCCUAGGUCUCAGAGCCCCUCGACCUUUCCUGUGUCACCACCGCAGGCGGGCCACCGAGCUGGAGGAGGAGGACCCUGAGGACUCGGAUGAAGAAUGGACUCCAAGGCAGCAAGUGAAACCUUCUUGGGUGGCCUUCAGAAGGGAACAGAGAAAACAUCAGAAGGAAACAUCCAAGAUACCAUUAAGCAAUGAAUAUAGUUUGAAGGAAUUGUCAGGAACAACAAAUUUGAGGACUGCAAGUGACUCAGAGGAUGCCCAGAAACCAGUGUUCCCUCCUGGAGAAACAUGUGCCUUUGGAAAGCACACUAGACGAAAAUCGGAAUUCAGGAUGUACAGCCAACAAGAAAGAAAGGUCCAUGUGCACCAAGAGGUCAACGAACCCCAGGAUGAUGACUACCUUUAUUGUGAGAAGUGUCAGAACUUCUUCAUUGACAGCUGUGCUGUGCAUGGGCCCCCUACAUUUGUAAAGGACCGUGCAGUGGACAAGGGGCAUCCCCACCGCUCCGCCCUCACCCUGCCCCCUGGGUUGAGAAUUGGGCCAUCAGGCAUCCCUGAGGCUGGGCUUGGAGUGUGGAAUGAGGCAGCUGAUUUGCCAGUGGGUCUGCACUUUGGCCCUUAUGAAGGACACAUCACAGAAGAUGAAGAGGCAGCCAAGAGCAGAUACUCCUGGCUGAUCGCCAAAGGGAGAAACUGCUAUGAGUAUGUGGAUGGAAAGGACAGAUCCUGGGCCAACUGGAUGAGGUUUGUGAACUGUGCCCGGGAUGAUGAAGAGCAGAACCUGGUGGCCUUUCAGUACCACGGGCAGAUUUUCUACCGAACCUGCCGGGUCGUCAGGCCGGGCUGUGAGCUGCUGGUCUGGUGUGGGAACGAGUAUGGCCAGGAGCUGGGCAGCAAGUGGGGCAGCAAGUGGAAGAGAGAGCCCGUGGCUGGGAGAGUGGAACCAAAGCCAGAGGUGCACCCAUGUCCCUCCUGCUUUCUGGCCUUCUCCAGUCAGAAAUUCCUCAGCCGACAUGUGAAACGCAAUCAUCCCUCUCAGAUUCUCCCGGGAACAUCUGCAAGAAAACACCUCCAAGCAGAGGAACCCUGUCCAGAGGGUCAGAAUCAGCAGCAGCAACGUACCAGUACACACAGCUGGAAUGAUACAGCUGAAGGUCAACAGGUCAAAGAAAGGUCCAAACCUUUGCUAAAAAGGAUCAGUCAGAGGAGAAUCUCAAGACCCUUUCAACCUUCCAAAGAACAGAUGAGGAGCUCUAGUGAGCACGAGAGGAUGAUGGAGGAAGAGCCCUGUAGAGGACAGAAAGAUAGUCCAGAGGGCACAGGCAAGUUAUUCGUGAAAGUAGGAAUGUCAAGGAUUGUAACGAUCAAGUAUGGAAGGUGUUGGCAAGGCUUCAGUGAUGGGUCACAUCUUAUCAAACACCAGAGGACACACUUGGAGGAGAAGCCCUAUGUUUGCAAGGAGUGUGGGCGAGGCUUUACAUGCAAGUCAAAUCUCAUCACACACCACAGGAUACACUCUGGGGAGAAGCCCUAUGUUUGCAGGGAGUGCGGGCGAGGCUUUACACAAAGGUCAAGUCUCAACGCACACCACAGGAUACACUCAGGGGAGAAGCCCUAUGUCUGCAGGGAGUGUGGGCAAGGCUUUACGCAGAUGUCAAAUCUCAACAUACACAAGACGAAACAUUCAGGGAAGCCCUAUGUCUGCAGGAAGUGUAGGAGAAGCUUUGCAUGCAAGUCACAUCUCAUUGCACACCACAGGAUACACUAUGUCUGCAGGGAAUGUGGGAGAGGCUUUACAUACAAGUCACAUCUCAUUGCACACCACAGGAUACACUCAGGGGAGAAGCCCUAUGUCUGCAAGGAGUGUGGGAGAGGCUUUACAUACAAGUCACAUCUCAUUGCACACCACACGAUACACUCAGGGGAGAAGCCCUAUGUCUGCAAGGAGUGUGGGAGAGGCUUUACAUGCAAGUCAGGUCUAAACAGACACCAGAGGAUACAUUCAGGGGAGAAGCCCUAUGUCUGCAGGGAGUGUGGGAGAGGCUUUACAUGCAAGUCACAUCUCAUUGCACACCACAGGAUACACUCAGGGGAGAAGCCCUAUGUCUGCAGGGAGUGUGGGAGAGGCUUUACAUGCAAGUCAGGUCUAAACAGACACCAGAGGACACAUUCAGGGGAGAAGCCCUAUGUUUGCAGGGAGUGUGGGAGAGGCUUUACAUGCAAGUCACAUCUCAUCACACACCACAGGAUACACUCAGGGGAGAAGCCCUAUGUCUGCAGGGAGUGUGGGAGAGGCUUUACAUGCAAGUCAGGUCUAAGCACACACCAGAGGACACAUUCAGGGGAGAAGCCCUAUGUUUGCAGGGAGUGUGGGAGAGGGUUUACAUGCAAGUCAGGUCUAAUCAAACACCAGAGGGUACACUCAGGGGAGAAGCCUUUUGUUUGCAUGGAAUGUGGGCGACACUUUACACAGAGCUCACAUCUUACCACACACCAGAGGACACACUCAGGGGAGAAGCCCUUUGUUUGCAGGUGAAGUGAAUGAAUCAUUACUAUUAAAUCACAUGUCAAUAGCCAUAAGAAGUCUAUGGAACCUUACUCUCCUUAAGAUUGUAGUUAGUAGAUAAGUAACUGGUUGAACAGUUUCAUAACGAGAUGAGAUGGACAGUUUCAGUGAUAUGGGGAUGUCAGCACCAAACUCGUUCAUGGUUGUUUUUUUUUUUACCUAUUCUAAAACAUUUUGUCUCCCUACACAUCCCUCAUUUUCCCCAUCACUGAAAGCAGAGGGUUCCUGAAAAGCCACAAAGAACUCAUUCUCUCAGCCACAGAAAUUCAACUCCUGCUAAUGUAUAAUCUGGAGUCAGUCUACUUUGGUUACUUGCCCAGAGAGAAGGAUUUGAGACAUGCACCACAGAAGGGAAUUCUUCGCACUCCUGGAAAGGGGGCCUUUUCUUCUAAUAGGCUCCCUACCCCUCCUUCCUUGGUUUCUCUUGGCUCUUAUGGUUUCCUACCACCUCUGAAGCCUCAGAGGUGAAUGGCAGGGAGGGAUAUAUACUUCUGCAUGGAUGUGAGCCUGACAAGUCUGCACACCUGGUCUUCCUCACUUCUUGCUGCCCCUUCAGGGUCAGGAUUUCCUGGUGCAGAGCACACAUUCCACAUCAGUCCAUAGUAGGUGUGAGUCUCAGCUCUGUCUUCUCUAGCUGUGUGACCUAAGACAAGAUUCCCAACUUCUCUCUGCCUGCUUCCUAGUCUGCAAUGGAAAUGGGAACUCCAGCCUUUCCGUUUGACAUUCAAAGUUGAGUCAGCACAGAGAGAAUCUGGCAAGAGGAUCGCUGUGAUCGCAACUGCUGAACAGCCUUUAGUGCCCAUGUCUUCUAGGUCUUUAGUGCUGGACAAAGGAGGAUAAGGACAGGGUAGGGGUCUGUAGCCAAAUUCAGAAUUUGAGCAGACCCCACUGCUUUCCCCACAUAGACUGAGCUGCCCUGAAAAGGAAGCGUGAGGUUGGGGAGGUGCCUCCCUCCUGAUCACCACCCUCUCACUGAGCCUGGGCAUCCUCAGAGCCUCCUCAGCACAGGCAGGUGGUGCUGAGAGUGAGCUGUGAAACAAGACCCUCACCCACCCCUUGUUGAGAACCGACACUGAAACAGCAUCUGCCUGCACUGGGGUGUUAGGUGGGAUAGACGGUGAGCCAAAGCAGGGAGGGUGAGGAAGAUAUGUGUCACCCACUAAUUCAGCAGUCCUGAGCCUGGUCCAGUUCUAUUGCCAGAUAUUCCAGCAUCACAAGAAACGCCAUGCUAACAUGUUGGAAUUCUAGGUAUUAUUUCCACCAUCUGAGAAAGGCCUUUCAAACUGUAUUCAUCCCAAGGCCUAGAAGAUGGGAGGGGGUCUACAGCACUCAAGGAAAGAACCCAUGAAACAAGUUUGGCUAAUUGCUUGCCUCUGUCCACUAUCUGUUUUAUGAGAGGGUCCCUUGUGCUUACAGAAAGAGUCCAUGGGUAACUUUGUGUAACUGCCUCAACUUAAACUGUCUCCUGUCAUGGGUAUAUUUUACAAGAUGACCAAGUGGGGUAUGAAGGAAGAUAAGCAUUCACUCUAAUGACCCCCACAUAUACCUAUGUUUGAGUAGUCCAUCCCCUUGGAAGCUGGCACCACUUUUACCCACCAGUCAAUAUGUAAACUCUUCCCCCCAAUCUCACCAACUAUGUAAGUCCUCAGGACAAAGGGCUUGAUGCUCUUGCCACCCAAGCUCUUGCCUUUCACCCCCACCUCAGCAACACCUGUCCCAUUCCAUGAGAACGUGUCACUGAUAAACCCUGCUGCUUGCACACUAAUACACUUGCUGAUCUGUAAUCAUUUACCACGUCGGCAAGAAGAACUGAGUUUCUCCUGUGACAAGUGCACCCAGUCUGCAUGUGGCAUUCAUGAAGCUCACGACACAGCAGCCUCUGUAAUGCACUGUCCUUGUGCCUGAGUCCCACAGGGCUUCAUACAUCACUGACACCAUCUUAAAAUUAGUACUUACUAUAUCUUUUAACUUGUUUGUGAACUCUGAUGAAAUAAUUAAUAGACAUGCACAAUGUUGGUCAUUCCUGGCCACCUGUUCCUAGAUAAUGUCCACAAUGGCCCAGAAGCACAAAAUUGCCAUGGACCCAAUGGGUGGGAGUCCAGCAAGAUUCAAGGUGAGAACAGGGUAAACAUCUACAUCUGCAUAAACAUAAGGAAGGGUGCCAACAGCUCCCAAAGGCCACACUUCUUAGAACCAGAGCUGAGUUCAAUACACAGAUGUCAAACAUUUAGUGAGGACCCCAUCAUACCCUCUCCUGCAUGAGGGCGACCUAAGUAUGACCCACUCCAUUCCUGCUGAAGUGGGUUCACCAAAGGGGGACACCUAUCCCCAUGACCUGGGAAGAUGAUCUCCGUGCUACAGGUCUAAAGGUCACUGGCUCCAUUACCGAUCCGGGCAUGAGCCUGAGUUGAGCAUUCAGUCCCCAGUUGGGGGCGUGUGAGAUGUAACUAAUAGAUGUUUUUUUUUCCUCUCUCUCUCUUUCCCAUUCCCUCUCUAAAAUAAAUAAAAUCUUUUUUUCAAAAACACACUUGAACAACAAGAAAGUAACAGCAUGUUUUUGGAGAGGAAAAUGUAUAAUCAUCUCAAUUUCCCACAGUUACCUAUAAAUGUAUUAUGAUGUAGAUAAAAAUAUCAGCAAAAAAAAUUUUAUUCCUCACCUGAGGACAUACUUAUUGAUUUCAGAGAAAAGGGAAGGGAAGGAGAGAAACAUCGAUGUGAAAGAGAAACAUCAAAAGGUUUUCUCCCCACUGGGGACCAAACCUGCAACCUAGGCCUGUGCCCUGACUAGAGCUUGAACUACAACCUUUUGGUUUAUGGAAUUGUUAUGGGAGAAACUCAGUUCUCCUUGCUGACACAGUAAAGAAUUACAGAUCAGCCAGUCUAUUCAUGAGCAAGCAGGGUUUACUAGUGAUAUGUUUUCAUGGAAGAGAACAGGUCUUGCCAAGGUGGGGGUGAGAGGCAUAGAUUCUGGGCAGGGCAAGGUAAGGGUGGCAACAGGCAAGGGCAAAGGUGGCAAGAGCCUCAGAUCCUUGGUCCUGAGGAAUUAUGUAGUUGGCAAGAUGGGGGUGAAGAAGUGACAUAUCAACUGGUGGGUAAAGGUGGUGCCAGCUUCCACAGGGGACGUGACUACCCAAAUGCAGGUAUGUGUGGGGGUCUGUUGGCCUGAAUCCUUAUCUCACCCCAGAGCCUAUGUGUUCCUCUUAUAAAACAAAUACGUGACAGAAGCCAGUUGAAGCUGGGGCAGUUAUCCAAAAUUAUUUACGGGCUUUCUGGAAACAUUAGAUACUCCCUUGUAAAACAGAUGGUGACCAGAGGUAGGCAAGUAACCAAAGUUGCCUUGUGGCUUCUUCUUAGGGCACUUUGGACACCCUCCCACCUACCAACCAGACCUUGGAAUUAACACAGUUUAAUUACAAGGCUUUCUUUCCCAGGCAGUGGGGAAAAUACAUAGAAUUACAAUACAUAGAAUUUCCUUCUCCUGUGCUACCAUGGCGUUUCUUGUGACGUUCUGAACACUUGGCACUAUUAUCAAAUCAGGCUCAGGACGGCUGAGUCAGUGGGUGAGACAUGUCUCCCUCCUCCUCCUUGUCUGGGUUUGCUCUCUAUCCUCCCUAACAGAACAAUACUCCAGCAGAUUUAGCCACAUUGGCCAGGGCUCAGCAAAAUUUCUUAAAGUAAAACAAGCUCAAUUUAAGUGCACCUGUUAAAAUAAGGAAGCAUUAAAAGGCAUAAUGUAUUAUGAAACUACAGUAAACUAAGUAAAACUUUUACAGUAAGUAAAAGAGUGGAGUACUGUCCUGUGAAUAGACAGAUAGAUGGAAAAGAAGGUCCAUUAAUACAUGCAGAUCUACAUGGAAAUUGUGUUUAGUUUAGUUUUUUUUAAUUUACUGAUUUUUUUUUAAUUUGGAACAUCUAUCCUUUGCCUCUCACAUGCUCCCAACUGGGGACCUGGCCCACAACCUGUCACAGGUGGGCACAGGUAACCAGGUUCUUGGUGAUCAGAGACAAAGAAUUGAACUGAACACAGAGAGUUUAUAGCAGGAAGAGAGAGCAGAUUUAUUAAGCAAUAGUAUACUCCAUAGAACAUGGGAGCAGGCUGACUCUGAACAGAGAUUGCUCUCAGGGGCUGGAGGGAUUCUAUUCUUAAAAGGCUAUUCCUGGCAAGUUUUUGGGGGGUUUUAUUGCCCAUGUACAAGGGCAAGUUUUUGGGGGGUUUUAUUGCCCAUGUACAAGUAGUUAUAUUAAUUUAAAGCUACUGCACAUGUGGUUUCCCAUGAUUUUCCUUGUUGACCACUGGGGAAAGGGGUCCCGCAAAGCUGAUUUAUUAUGCUAUUACAGUGAAGCAGAGCUCAUGUAGCACCUUCUGCACACUUGCAUUCGUGAUUCACCAUGAAUCAGUGCUUUCCCAGAAAGCAGGAACAACUGGUCUUAGAAUAGGGUCCCUGUCCUGUACCAAUGUCCUUCACCUUAGCCCUGGAGCACCUCCAGUUUGUCUCCUGCCUCAAACCCAGGCAUGUGCUCUGACUGGGAAUGGAACUGGUGACCUUUUGGUUUGCAGGCAGACACCCAGCCCACUGAGCCACACUAGUCAGAGCCAUUGCUUGAGUCUUGCAUGUGGCUUGCUCAUGCAAACCUUGUCCCCCACUCUGGGUGAAAAAAACCUGUAGAAACAUAAAAAAAACUUCACAUGAGCCCUGGCUGGUGUGGAUCAGUACAGUGAGCACCAGCUUGAGAACCGAACAGUCACUGUUGGAUUCCCAGUCAGGGAUCAUGGCAGGGUUGUAGGCCAGAUUCUCAGUUUAGAGCAUGUGAGAGGCAACCAAUCAAUGUAUCUCUUACACACAUCAACACAUCCAUGUUUCUGUCCCUCUCUUUCUCCCUCCCCUUCCCUCUCUUUAAUAAUACAUAAAUAAAAUCUUUAAAAAAUAAACUUAACGUGAGCAGCAAAAUUGGAUUCAACAUUUAGGGACGAUCCACUAUACCCAGCUUUCCUUCUGAUCUGCACCAGGGUGUUUUCCCAACGUGGACACCAGAUGGCAGAAGAGAGGCGCACUUGGAACAUUUUUUCAGUGAUCAUAUUGUAUGUACUGUAAAGCAAGUUUCAACAAACUUCAAAAAAUUGAAAU